ACCACAGGGCCGGAGCAGGUGAAGCCCUCCAGAAUGGUCGCUCUCAAUUUCUAAUCAAUGGUCACUGGAAGAUUAGUGUUCCAGGUGAGUACAGUGUAGCUGGGACCAAGCUGCUGUACCGACGCUCCGCAGACACCUGGGAGAGCUUUGAGGUACCAGGACCCACCCAAGAAGACCUUCAUCUGAUGGUGCUGGCAACAGACAGAAACUCGGGCAUCGAGUACGAGUACUGGCUUCCAUCAGACCAGUACGCCCUUUACCAUGGGAGGAGGAGUCCACUGCGUCAGCCUCACCACACUGCCAGCUACUGGGAUCAACCCACCACCACCCGGCCUCCUCAGGUCACCACCAAACCACACUGGAUUUUAAAGCCGGAGAAGCCGCCACGCCACUCAGGCCACCACAACCGCCGCCAGCGCCCUCACCAGAACCCUCGACAGGCUGUCCUGCCGCGCCUGGAGCGGGAGGAGAACCACAGGAACCUCCUGCCUCAGCCCUCAGCUGGAAGACAUUGUGGAAAAUGUCAGCGUGUAAAAGGUCAAAGGGAACGACAGAGACAGUAUUGUCAGAAGGACUUCAUUUUCCGGGCCAGAGUCCUUGGGAAGCUGUAUCGAGGCGAGGAAACGCGUUAUGACGUCCAGAUCAUCCACACCUACCGGAACCGCUUCCGUCUGGAGCACCGGGAAUUCCUCUGGGUCCCCAACGUGUGUGACUGUCCUCACCUGGAGGACGGAAGACAGUAUAUACUCAUGGUGCGUCGUCACAUUAACUAUGAGCAAACGUUAAACCGCAUCCUGCUGGAGGAGGACAGCUACGUGGUGCCAUACAGACCCAGAGAGGACGAGCUGCUGCGACCGCUCGAAAGUCUUUGCAGCAACAGAGGAGCCAAACAACCGGCGGAGCUGAGGGGAUGAGGGUGGAAACUGUUUGUCAGAGAAAGAACUGAAUCUUUCUUCACCUGCAGACUCUGAAGCUGAAACUCGCCAUAUUAAUGAAAAGAUUAUUGUACCGUAUCGAGCACUUUAGGUGGACGAUAGUUCACCUUUAAACACAAACCAAAGAGCAGAACGUUGACUGAAAUGAAUCUCAAAACACUGGAAACAGCUUCACAGUCGACAUCUGCCUCUUCUCCUUCUUCAGGUCUCCAGAUGUUUCCAGCUGCUCAGUAAAGUUUCUGCAGCAGCAAAUCUUUAAAUGUUAAAACAUCAACAUUAAAUGUUUUAUUGACUCUGAGGCUCCAUCCCCACAAACUUGUUUCCAAACCGUCUCCGUCCACGCAAACAUGAAAACACACAUCACAUGACCACUAACGUGCACUGUUGCGCACGACAAGAAUAACAUCUGUCUCCUCCACAUGUAAACAGCUGGAAUAACAUCUGUCUCAUCUACAUGUGAACAUCUGUAUCAUUGUGAAAUAACAGCAGCAGAGACAACAGGGUCAGUAACACUUUGAUUCCAUGUUGUUCUACUCUGGUACCUUAGGCUGGUUGGUUUCUUCAUGGACGGAGGUCAUGUGACAGGAGACGAAUCAGUGAAAGCUGUGUCAUCACCAAAAAGAACCAAUCAGCAAGAGAUGGUGAGCGUCUAUGUCAUUGUCAUCAUCUCAGUUUCUGUCCGUCCAAAAUAAAACUGUCAGAGUCUUCAGAGUAAAACGAGUCCAGCAACACUCGCACUGUGAGCGUCUCUCUAGAGUUGUGUGGACGUCAGAAGAAUCUGUAGAGAUGAUGAGUUUUAAAGAAAACGUAGUCGUGUGGAUGUAGCUACAAAAUUAAAGCAUGAGAUCGAGCUGCCAAAACAAAAUCCAAAUCAUAAAUGUGGAUUAGAAUAUAAUUUAAUCUAAGAAAACUAUUUCAGAAAAAAAACUUUGCACCAAAACAGUCACAAAAUAAUGAACAUCCCAGAUGUUCAGGUUCUGAAGGUGAAUUUUUCUUUUUGCUUUCACUCAAGAUAUUUAACAACACAUGACUUCGCACUGUAUUUAUGUAUAAAAACAUAAGCUUAAACUUAUUGGGUGUCACUUUUUUAAUGUAUUUCACAGUGUUUGAUAUUUGUAUAGUGUGGUUACAUCAGGUCUGCUUUGUGAUUCAAUACACAGUAUUUUAUUUUGUGGCACUGAUACUUGCAGACGGUUCAUAGUUUGCUCUUGUGCCUUUUGUUGUUAAUUGAUCUACCUGUGCCAAAAAACUUCUUUCUGCAUUUGUCUAUGUAAAGUAUGAAUGAAAAUAUAAAUAUAUUAUAGAGGUUGAACUAUUGCAACUUUAUUCUAAAGUAAAUCUAAGUAUGUUAUAAGGUUUUUCCCUCCAGUGAACACGGAGCUCACAGUUGAACAAAAAUACACCGGAA